AUGGAGAUAGAGUCUGAGCCGAUAAAAAAUGAGCUGUUGGUGGCGAAUGAGGAGGAAGUAGAGCGACUACUCGUUGAUUCUUCCGAAGACGCUGAAUCAGAGCUUCUUCUCAGGCUCUUUGGCUCUUCAGAGGACGUUGGCUCGGAGCUAGUGCUUCUAGACUCUACAGAUGUUGACUCAGAGCUCGUCCUACUGGGCCCUUCAGUCGACGCGAACUCAGUGCUACUGCUGGUAGUCUCUUCGGAGAACAUUGACUUGAAUGACGUUGACUGGGAGCUUGAACUUCUAGAAUCUGCAAAUUUUGACUCAGAACUCGUACUGGUGGGCUCCUUAGAGGACAUUGGCUCAGAGGACGCUGGCUCAGAGGACGUCGGCUCAGAGGACGUUGGCUCAGAGGACGUUGGUUGGGAGCUCGUACGCGUAGGUUCUUUAACCGAAGCCGAUUCGGAGCUCGUGCCUAUGCUUUCGGCCACGGAUUCGGAGCUUGAACUUGUUGAUUCUUCCGAAGACGAUGAUUCAGAACUGGUACUCGUGGGCAUUUCAGACGUGUAA